UGGUUGCAUACACCUCACAAAUGCUAGUUCAAAGGGGGUAAUAUGCUUGACAGGUGAAAUAAUAAAAAUAAUGGCAGAAACUGAACCGGACAGCAAUAAUCGAAGGGUUGAAAAUGUAAAGGUAAUUGCGAGCGGUCCGCGUGUGGUUACGAUAAAAAAAACCGAAACGGGAUUUGGCUUUAACGUGCGCGGUCAAGUGAGUGAAGGUGGUCAGUUAAGAAGUAUCAAUGGGGAAUUGUACGCCCCUUUGCAACAUGUCAGUGCCGUCCUUGACCGGGGAGCUGCAGAACAGGCCGGAAUUUGCAAAGGGGAUCGAAUUUUAGAAGUAAACGGUGUUAAUGUUGAAGGUGCUACUCAUAAACAAGUCGUGGAUCUUAUUAAAUCUGGCGGCGAUGUUUUAACUCUUACUGUUAUAUCGGUUACACAACAGGAAGCCGAAAGACUCGAACCUUCGGACGACGGUCAAGGAUAUCCGUAUUUUGAUUAUAGCGAAAAGCGAUCGCUUCCGAUUAGUAUUCCCGACUACCAUUACAACGAAAGAGGCGGCGAACGAUAUGUUGCUUUUAAUAUAUACAUGGCCGGAAGGCAUCUAUGCUCAAGACGAUAUAGAGAAUUUGCUCAGCUGCACAACAACCUUAAGAAGGAGUUCAUAGGAUUUAAUUUUCCAAAACUUCCCGGAAAAUGGCCAUUCAUGUUGAGCGAACAACAACUGGACGCCCGCAGGAGGGGAUUAGAACAGUACUUAGAAAAAGUGUGCGCUGUGAGAGUAAUAGCCGAGUCUGAUAUUGUACAAGAGUUCCUUACAGAUCAAGAUGAUGAUAAUAACAGUAGUCCUGUUGAUUUGAAAGUAUUAUUACCGGAUAGAGAAGUAGUAACGGUUUCACUGAGAAAAAGUUCCAAUGCUGAUGAGGUUUUUUCAGCAGUUUGUAAGAAGAUUGAGAUGAGCAAGGAAACUUCGCAAUAUUUCUACCUCUUUGAAAUAGUCGAAUAUAACUUUGAACGUAAAUUACAACCGUCAGAGUACCCGCACAACUUAUAUAUACAAAACUAUAGCACAGCAACAAGUACCUGCCUAUGUAUCAGAAAAUGGUUGUUCUCCUUAUCUAAAGAAUUAGCAAUACUCAGAGACCCUCAGGCUACUUCGUAUAUAUUUUGGCAAGCUAUUGAUGAAGUAAACAGAGGUUACAUACACGCCGGCGAGAGACUAUAUCAAUUAAAAGCACUGCAGGAUAGUACUCGCGCUACGGAGUACUUAAAUUUAGCCCGCGAAUUGCCCGGAUAUGGUGAUAUAGUUUUCCCUCAUUGCGCUUGCGAUUCACGUAAGGAAGGUCACGUCAUUGUCGGGGUGGGUAGCGCAGGAAUUAAGCUUCACGCAUGUCGAGAGGAUGGUACGUUGGAAAGUCAGAUCGUUCAACUGCAGUGGGACUGUAUGAGGCAGUGGGAAGCGGACGAUGAAGGAAUGGCGUUUUGUUUACGAUAUAACAGGCCGGAUAAAACUCCGAGAUGGCUCAAAAUUUUUACUCCUUAUUACAUGUAUCUAUUGGAUUGUUUCGAAAGAAUUUUAGAAGAAAGUAAAUGGAUGACAGCUGGAGAAUGAAUAUAUCAAAUUAGUUUCGUAAUACUAAAUACUUAAGUCACACAUUUCGUAAGCACAUCUACACAUACAACACCGCUCUACUCAUCUUUCUCUAUAAGAUUUCCUUGUUGUACUAUAAGUAGUGAUUAUUCUGUUGUAUGUUGUAAAUAGUACUCAAUUUUAAUUUCUUGUUGAACUUAUUUUGCAAAGAUGAUACAAUGUUACUUUAUAAGAUGGUGUAUAUUUGUUAUUUCCAUUGAAAUAUGAAAUUCUUACCUUGUGAUAGCAA